UAAAAGGGUAGCGGGAGAGGACGAAAUCAGAGCUCUGAGUCCUCCCGCUCCCACACGCCACAGUAGAUCGAAUGGCCUCUGCACGGAGAAGAAAUGCUGCCCGAGGCGGAGACGGCAGCAGCGGAGGAUUUCGGGGCCGGAGUUAUGAGAAGCUGGCGCCGGAGGUGGAUGCUUUUUCCGAGCGAGACUUUGCACAGAAGCUGAUGGCACAAGUGAGGAUCAUCAACAGGUACGCGGUCAUUCGGGCGUAUCUUCUGAAGGCGAUAAAAAUGGUCGGGUCCUUGGCACUUCUGUGGUCGACGGUGGUCCUCCUCGGUGGCUUCGUCGGGGCGCUGACGGCGAAGGACUUCUGGUACCUCACUAUUAUCGUCUUCAUGCAGGCUGCCGGGGUUUUCAAUGUGACGGGCGACUCUCAGUUUGGGGAUUUCAAUAAGUGGAUAUUUUCUAUUAUACCAAUACCAAAAAGGAGUAGCGCUCCCUUUUGGUCUAUUAUUGUCAGGCGUCUUGCCGUUUAUAUUAUAAGUAUACCCCUGGGAGCGCUCAUUUCUUAUCCGCCAUUGGUUUCAUCCUCACUCUCGCUGUUCAGACUACGAAGUCAAAGUCAGGACUAUGGCAGUGACGAUAGUGAAGGAAAGCUGAAGGCGCCGGCACUGAGAAUAUUUUAUUUCUUGUCGCUGGUUCAAGGUGGACUACUCAUAUUGUUUAUUGAUCUUCAAGGAUACUUUUAUCUAUACAUGAUUAUAUCUAUCAGGCUGCUUCAUGGAUCCGCCAAAAAAGUCAUCCAUAAAUACUCAAAUGAAACUGAACUCAGAUGUGUGAAGGAUCCAAUGUCCGCUAAUAAGAGCUGGAACUUGAUCACAUAUGGCGCAGGCUUGCUGGAUUCGGAAUCGCCAGAGGACUAUGUCUCGGGCGCAAGGGCCCUAAACAUGCUGAUUGACCAAGAGAUAACAAAAAGAUGGCUCAUUCGAUCUCCGAGGCACAGAAUUCAGAAGCUUAUCGAUGCUCUCGGUUGGAGAAGCCCCGUUGACAGAGAGACCAGAGGGCUUUCCGCCAGGAUUGUUGCACAUCUCGUCGCGGACCUCAAUCUUUCUCAGUUUCAAGGAGCCUUAGAAUGCAUAUCUUCCCUACUAGACAUUUCUUAUCAUAACACAGUAGAUCAAGAAGUUCUCCAUUUACUUUCAGGGAGUAAUCGGACCCGGAAGAAUGGUAAUAUGCAAGACAACAAGAAGCAAGUGGAAAACGGAAAGCCCAGCUCUUCGAUAGGAACUAAUGAAGACCUGAUCUUGCAAGGCCUGAGAAUUCUGGAGAAGUUGGCUCAGAACGAACAUAACUGCACUCAGAUAUACGACACUAAGGGCCUGCUCUUGAAGAUUACUGCACCUUUCAACUGCAAAGAAUUCACUGAAGAUAUUCGGACCAGUGUUCCAUGGUUAAAGGUUGUCGAAGCAUCACUGAGAGUGGUGGCCAGGCUCAUGGAAGCUCCAGGAGACACUGGAGUGAAUGUGCGGGAGCAAAUUGCACGUAACAGCCAAACUAUUGAUAACUUGAAUGAAGUUCUGAGUCUGCAAGUGCAAGGUAAUGACAGCAGUAUACUGGAGUUACAGACGCAAGCCACAGAGGUUCUUGCAAAACUGUUUUCUGAUGAGUCUACUACAAACAUAAUCUUCCAAAAAGAAAAAGUAGAGUCUACAAAUAUGUCAAGAGGCAGAAUAGGUACUUUUACUGCCGCAGUGCUAGAUACCUUGCUUACUGACACAUGGAUGGAAGAUUAUUUGACAAAGGUUUUUGACGAAACCAUGAGCCGACUUGUGAAAGAUGAACAGGGCCCCUCGACCUGGGAAAAACUGUGUCACAAACUGUGUCCCUGCCUGUUGGAAAAGAAAAAUAAGAAGCGAAUAAAACCAUUUGUGGAUCGGAAGAUGAAAGAAGCCCAGGAAACAGCUAUUCGACACAAAGAAAUGGCUUGUCAAGCACUUGCCAAGUUGUCCAUCGGAAAUAAAAAUAUUUUUGAGGUUAUUAAGAAAGUCAAAGAGUGUCCUUCGGGAAAAAAGGAAGUCACAGAAUGCGGAGGUGUCGUCCAUUCUCUAAUCGAAAUGAUUGACCGGAAGAUCGAGACGACCAUUGAGUGCAGCAUAGAGGCUUUGAAAACAAAGAUCAAUAUCAAGACCAAGACCAUCAGAUGCAGGAUUAGUGCGGCAGAGUUCCUGAAGAACUUGUGUGCUCAUUCUAUGGUCAACGAAACUUUCAAGAAAACCAUGUUAAGGAAGAUACUGGAAGAGCUGUUAUGCACCAACAGAAAAAUAGAAUCACAAGCAGGAGGCAGAAGCUUGAGAAACUGUUUUAGAACCACAAGCAUCGACAAAGAGAACCCACAAGCAGGUGGCAGAAGCUUAAGGAACUGUUUUAGAACCACAAGCAACGACGAAGAGAACCCACAAGCGGGAGGCAGAAGCUUAAGGAACUGUUUUAGAACCACAAGCAACGACGAAGAGAACCAGGGCCGUACCGGCAAAUUUGAAGGCCCUGUGCGAAACUAUAAACUGGACCCUAGUACCAUCGUUUCGCCUGCGAGUGCCCAGUGAAAUCCGGAAGGUGGAAGUGCAGACAUGACUUGUGCCGUGCCUGGCGAGCGGUUAUAGUGGAAGCGAAAAAGAUUGCACUGCGAUCUGCAUAUUUGAUUGAAAGACAAUGGUCAAGCGGCAUAUUUCCUCUUCUAUGACAUAUUUGGGCUACAGUUUGCUUCGUAUUAGAUCAAAAUAUAACUAAAACAAAAUCUACUAUAUAACUAUACCUAGUAUACUCGUUAUAUUUUGGGGCCCCUAAAAUUUGGGGGCCCUGUGCGGUCGCACGGCCCGCACGGGCCUAGAUACGGCCCUGAAGAGAACCCACAAACAAUGUCAUCUCGACAGAGCCCGCGGCAACCGCGAUCACUCUAUGCCGAAAUUCGUGAAACAUGGACCAAUUCCACGAGCAACAAUGAAGAGGACCCACCAUCGCUGGGCAGCCUGCAGCAACCAGAGGCGAGGAUGCUGCAAGCAGCUCUUCUCUCACUCUACGCCACCAUUCGUGCAAAAUGGACCAAUGAGGAUGACUUUGCAAACGUGGUCAUGCACAUGGUUGCCGGUAAAGAUUUUGUGGGGAAUAUCAAGGUGGUAAUUGAAGAGAACAGCUAUCCCACGCCAGCCUGCCUGGCAAUACUAAAGAUUACUUGCGAAAUGGUUAUACUAUUGAUGCAACACCAUGACUACCUCAAAGAGUUUAAGGAGAAAAAGAUCAUCGAUGCAAUGUCUGAGGCCGCUGAGACCAUGGCUGGGCUUGAGAGCUGCAUGCUAUUCUCUGGCGUGAAACAUGACUGCUAUGGGGUAGCGGUGGAACCCCUCUAUUCUGUUCUCGUGGAAAAAGCACAAAAGCUUUGUCAGUAAUACCAGCUCGUUCAAGUCAGUGUCGUGUCAGAGUUUUGUUCAAAUAAGUUGUGCUCAUGUUGAGCGCGUUCUGUUAGGCGCCUGAUGCAUGCUUCGUCUAUGCAGAGGCCGAGUCUUUAUGUUCUGUUAGAGUCCGUAGCGCACGGCAUGGCGUCCGGCCGUGGGAUGGCGCGGCAAGCUCAGAGGACUUGGCGUGCGUGAGUUCGUGGUCGUUGUGGCCAACGGAUAAGCUGUAAGAUCUUCUAUUUGUGCAAGCUAGAGUGAGAAAACGCUGCGCUUGUUGAGCAGCACAA